AUGCGUAGUAUCUCCGCUCUCGUGGCCUUGGGUUUGAUCAAUUCUGUAUCAGCCCAGGCAGGCGCUUGGGGACAGUGUGGAGGUUCGUCCUAUACCGGCCCAACCACCUGUCAGUCCGGAUGGUCAUGCGUUUAUUUGAAUGAGUGGUUUAGCCAUUGUGAGCCUGCCACUACGACGUUGACUACGUCCAGUUCAACCACCACCUCGGCUGUGACUACCACCAAGUCAACCUCGACAACUACUACAGCUCCCACAAGCCCAGGCAGUACAGCGUUCGCCAAAGUUGACGGCUUGAAUUUCAACAUCAACGGCGAGACCAAGUACUUUGCUGGCACCAAUGCGUAUUGGCUACCAUUCUUGACGAACAACGCAGAUGUUGAUUCUGUGUUCAAGCACCUGCAGCAGGCAGGACUCAAGGUCCUUCGCACCUGGGGAUUCAAUGACGUUAACAGCGUUCCCAGCUCUGGAACUGUUUACUUCCAGCUUCAUGACAAAUCAAGCGGUACAAGCACUAUCAACACCGGGGCGGACGGCCUGCAACGCCUUGACUAUGUGGUCUCUGCCGCGGAGAAGUACGGAAUCAAAUUGAUCAUUCCUUUUGUCAACAACUGGAACGACUAUGGUGGCAUGAAUGCCUACAUCAAUGCCUAUGGUGGCAGCAAGACCGAGUGGUAUACUAGCGCAAAGAUCCAAGGCGCCUAUCAAGCAUAUAUCAAGGCCGUCGUUUCUCGGUACAAGAACUCUCCAGCUAUCUUUGCUUGGGAGCUGGCCAACGAGGCUCGCUGCCAGAGUUGCGACACUGAUGUUAUCUACAACUGGGUCAAACAGACUGCUGUAUAUAUCAAAUCCCUCGAUUCUAACCACAUGGUGACUACUGGAGAAGAGGGCAUGGGAUUGACCACCGGCUCGGAUAACUCCUACCCGUACACGACAUACGAGGGUAAUGACUUUGCCAAGCACAUUUCUAUCCCGGAGAUCGAUUUCGGUACAUUCCACCUAUACGUAUCUGACUGGGGCAUCUCUAACAACAGCUGGGGUAACGACUGGAUCAAGUCUCAUGCCGCUGCUUGCAAGGCCGCCGGAAAGCCGUGUCUAUUUGAAGAAUAUGGCAUCAAGGAUGACCACUGCUCUGACUCGGUUACGUGGCAGGCUACCUCGCUUGCCACCACUGGAAUGGGUGGUGAUAUGUUCUGGCAGUACGGCGAGACGUUGUCCAGCGGUGCCUCUCCCAACGACCAUUACACCAUCUACUAUGGGUCCAGCGACUGGCAAUGCGGAGUUGCUAAUCACGUCGCUGCGAUCUAA